UAUACAGUACCACAAUAGUAUGAAAUCCAUAAAUGCAUGAAUAUAAUUUGUAAUUCCUUUUAGGAAGAUUUGAAACUACGAAUUAAGAGGAAUCUUAUUUCGGGUUUGAAACUGAUAAAAACUAUGACUAUGAGCAAAUAGUAAAUACAAUGCUAUGAAGUAUAAUAAUAUAUUAUGUACAUAAUGUGUUGUAUGAUAACGAUAUGAACAGUGAAAUAAGUGAAAACAUGAUGUAUAUUUAAGUAAUCGUCAAUUAAGCAUUCGAACAGGUUAAACCUUUCAAAUUUUGGACUUAAUGCUAUUAUGAAACGAAAUCGAAAGAACACCAAUGGAUUUGAAAAGUGGGGUGGCUACAUGGAAGCCAAGAAGACCAAACUUGAACAACAAUUUACAGAAAAAGCUACUGAUGAUAGUAACCAUGUGAAAAGUCAAAUUUUUAAAGGCAUUUCAAUCUUUGUCAAUGGCUAUACCCUACCUUCAGCUAAUGAAUUAAAACGUAUAAUGAUGGAGAAUGGAGGGGUUUACCAUCAUUACCAUAGACCUAAUAUAACUACACAUAUAAUAGCAAGCAAUUUACCCACUGCUAAAUUAAAACUACUUAAACAGUUUAAAAUUGUAAAACCUGAAUGGAUAUCUGAUAGUCUAAAAGAUGGAAAACUUUUAAACUAUGAAAAUUAUCUACUUUUUAUUGAUAAACCAAAUCAGCCAAAGAUUGAUUUCCCAGUCCGUGCUAAAAAUGCCUCAGAACCAACAUUUCUCUCAGAAUUUUACAACAAUUCCAGACUGCACUUAAUAUCAACUAUGGCAACAACGUUUAAACGUUUAGUAAAUGAUACAAGGAAACAAAAUCAAACAGAUUAUCCAGGGCGACAACGAUUGAAAAAUUGGAUUGAACAAAACAGAGUUAAAAAUAUGUUAUUUAAUGACUCUGAGCUUGACAAUGACAAAAUAAUCAUGCACAUUGACAUGGAUUGUUUUUUUGUAUCUGCUGGUUUGGUUGAAAGACCUGAGCUUAGAGGAUUGCCUGUAGCUGUUACACAUGCCAAAGGAAACUUGUCUAAGCAAAGAGAAGGGGUAGAUCGUGGAACAGAGUUUAAUUUGUAUGUCAAACGCUGGAGAGGUGAUGAUGAUGAAAACGACGAAGAAGAAGAAGCACAUGAAAUUAGACCUCGAUCAACUAAAAGAGAUGGUAUUAAUGAAACAGAUUCAAUGGCAGAAAUUGCUUGUUGUAGUUAUGAAGCUAGAAAAGUUGGAAUUAAAAACGGUAUGCUGGUUGGUCGAGCAUUAAAAAUGUGUCCUACAUUAAAAUUAAUACCAUAUAAUUUUGAACAAUAUAAAAAAGUAGCUCAUACUUUAUACACUCACAUUCUGAAUGAUUAUACAUUAGAUGUGGAAGCUGUUAGUUGUGAUGAAUUGUAUUUAGAUUGUUCGCAUAUUCUAGAAACGACAAAAGCAUCACCUAUUGAAUUAGCUAUGUUUCUACGAAAUGAAAUAAAAGAAAAAACUCAGUGUCCAUGUUCUACCGGUAUUGGCUCAAAUUAUCUGCUUGCCAGGUUAGCCACAAAGAAAGCCAAACCAGAUGGUCAAUUUUAUCUGGAACCUGGCAUUGUUAUGGAUUUUAUGAAGAAUAUAGAUAUAUUAGAUGUUCCAGGUGUUGGAAGAACCUUGGGGCAUAAAUUAUCAACACUCGGUAUCAGUACAUGUGGUGAACUAAGCGCACUAUCACUGCAAACACUUCAAAGUGAAUUUGGAAACAAGACUGGACUUUCGUUGUAUAAGCAUUGUCGUGGAGAGGAUGAUCGAAAACUUAAUUAUGACUAUAAACCAAAGUCAGUGUCUGCUGAUGUUAAUUAUGGUAUCAGGUUUCAAAAUAAAGAAGAGUCAGAUAAUUUUGUGAGACAAUUAUGUAAUGAGGUUGAAAAACGACUUGAUGAUAUAGAAAUGAAUGGCAAAACAGUUACCUUAAAGUUAAUGAUUCGAAAUGCAGAAGCACCAAAAGAAUCUGCAAAAUUUUUAGGCCAUGGAUUUUGUGAUAAUAUUACUAAAUCAAGUUCUUUAACUAAAUCAACAUCAAAUUCUAGAAUAAUUUUCCAAGUUGUCAAUAAAAUAAUGAAUCAAUUAGAUAUUGAUCCAACUGAAUUACGUGGAAUUGGAAUACAGAUGAAUAAAUUAGAAAGUCGUAUAGUAACAGGGCCUGGACGUAUAGAAAAUUUUAUAUCCAACAUGAAAUCUGAACCAAAAAUAAAUCAUACAUUAGUUAAUGAAAACACUGAUAAUGAUAAAAUAAUAUUAACAAAAGUGUCCAAACCCAAAAGUCACCAGAGUUCUUCUACAGAAAAUAUUAAUAAGUCAAAGUCUGUUAUGGAUUUUUUUAAGCCCAAAGAAGAUUUAAAUUCUAAAAACCAACUAAAAAGUUCAAACUCCAAAUCUAUUGUUCCAUGUCAAUCACUUGUUAAUAUAAAAAUGUCUCAAGUAGAUCCAUCAUUUCUAGAUGCAUUGCCUGCAGAUUUGCGUUUAGAACUAGAAAAUGAAUUGAAAUCUCAUGAAAAUCUUAAUUCUACAUUUAUUGAAAAUCAAAAUUCACCCAUAAUGGAAGUCACAAUGACAGAAGAAAGCUCCAAGUUAUAUCAACAUGUACAGAUUGAUAAAAUGAAAGAAUUUAUUGAGGAAUGGGUAGUCACUGAGAAUGAACCAAAAAUGUGUGACAAUAUAAUGGUUUCAAAAUACCUGUGUAAUUUAAUUAGUGAUGCCAAGACCGAAGAUGCUUAUGAAAUCAUAAGAAAACUUUACCGAUUAAUAAAAAAUAAGGAUGAUUUGGCUUGGAAACAAAGUUACUUUGAUAUAUUGAAAAAUGUUCAAGAAAUAAUGAUGAAUUUGUAUAACGCUAAAAUGAAAGUGGAAACUACAUUUAAAUAAUUUUAUUUUAUACAUAAUUUUGAUUUGAUUCUCUUUAAAUAUGUGGUCAUAACCUAUAAUUUUAAUUAUAUCAAUGGUUUAUUACAUUUUUAUACUACAAUAAUUUUAAAAACAAAUAUUAAAUUUAUUUUAAAAUUUAAAAAACAAAAUUUCAAUUUUAUAACUUAAGUUCAGGAAUUAUUAAAUUUAUAUGGCUUUUUGUGAUUUCAUGACAAAUAAGUCCAAAGUUAAGCUUAUUGAGAAAGUAUAUCAAAAUUUAUUUAUUAAAAAAAUUUCUAUUAUCAACUUUAUCUUUUAACUAAUUUAAAUUAAUUUUUAUUUUAACCUUAUUAAAAUAGGUAUAUAAUAGGUAAUUAACAUAAUAUAUUCUGUACAGAUUAGUAUAUUAUAACAUAAAAAUCAUCAUUCUACAACAUAUUAGAUUGUACGUUAUAAAAUCAAAUUUGAAAGUGAUAAUUAGUCAUCAUACUUCAAUAUUAAUUAUGAGCGGAAUAGAAUUAAAAUUGUGAAACGCUGACAUUUCUUUGGAAUUACUUAAUUUUCUUAAAAAUUUUUUGAUCAUUAUCAGUUGAUUGAUUAAAUAAUACAUUUUAUUAAAUACCACCUACACUUUUUUUUCACGAGAACAGGACUUAUGCCAAUGCUGCCUUCACCUUAAGAUCACAUAAACCACAAGCCCAGGACCUUGAUUGAUAGAGGUUCCGAUAAAUAUAAUUAAAUUGUACAUUUUUUACACAUUAGCGCAACUUAUCUCAACUAAAUAUUUGACUGUCAAACUUAAAUAUUAAGUUUUAAUUUAAAAAUAAUAUUUAACUCAAAAUUCAAAUACUAUAAAUACCACGAUUACUUCUUAAACCAUACAUUUGAUUAACAAGUAACUUAUCAACGUACAGUGACAGGGGCCACGAGGUUGUUUAUUACUAUAUAUAUCCUUGAUACAUUAACGUUAAUACAUUUUCGAACAAAGAGGUAGGUCUAAAAAUUUAGUUUUAAAACCCAAAUGUUUGUUAUAAUUUGGAAAUUAGUAGGUAUUGUGAAAUAAUAAUUGUACAGCUGUCGAUACCUGUCUGUCUAUUAUAUUUCAAUCAUAAUAAUAAAUAUAUUAUCAACAUGGGCUCUAAUGUUGGCUCAUAAUUUGCUGUC